UGGUUCUGAGGUGUCACUGAAUGGGAGACUUUCAGGACUUUCGUUUCUUUCUCUCAGGACUAUUAUUAUAUUCCGUCUAUUGGUUCUUGGAGGAGUCAAUGCGAACCUGACCAAUCAUGGGGCAGGGUUUGUCAAAGGAGGAUGAGGAGGAGUGCGUUGAGCUUCGAGAACUCGGUGCUGUACGUCUGGCUGUGAUUGGCCAUCAAUUCAACGAAUUGUACUCAGAGAGCAAAGGCAAGCGUGGCGUGCUGCUGGAUCGUGCUGCAUUUUCCCGUCAUUUCCAAGUACCUGUUAUCCUUGGGGACCGGCUCUUCGAGGCGUUCGAUACCGAAAAGAAUGGUGUAGUUUCAUUUGAGGAGUUUGCCCGUGGCUUAGCUGUGUGCCUGCAUGGCACGACUAGUGACAAGUGUGAGCUCUUGUUCAAUAUGUUCAACCUGGCUGGUGAUGAGGGAGUGAGCCGUGACGAGCUGCAGUUCAUGCUGCACGCCACGCUUGAGUCUGCGCUGACCAUUGUGAAGGCGUUGUCUCCACGUGCCAACGCUGUACUGGAGGGAGAGACACUCAGUGAAACUGUUAAGCGCACUGUGGAUGAAGCCUUCACAACAUGUGACCUCACUGGCAAUGGAAAACUGCUUUCCAAUGAGUUUGAGAUGUGGAUGCGACGUAAGCCUGAGCUGCUGGAAUCCAUCCUGAACUGGCGGUCCCGUAUGAAGGCAACCCGGCUGGCCUCCGAUGGACACCCUACGCUUCGAACGGCCAGUCCUGCACCACAACGGUCAACCACCAAUACCGGCAACACGACGAAGUCAACCAGCUCCAGUAUAGAAGAGACUACACUCAAUGCAGAGGAGGGCACUGCCACACCAGCACUCACCCUGGCUGCCAGUGGUGGUGACGAGCUGCCAGCAGAAACUGAAGACGCAGUAGAGAAGGCCAGUGAACAGCAAGGUACACUUGCGGACAACGUAGCAGCAGUGGCAGCAGGGAGUACGCUGAACACCCGAGGCAUUGGUAGCACCAGUAGCCAGCUUCACGACGUCAAUGCCACCAUGGAGAGUAUAGAUAUCAAGGACGCAAGUUUCCUAAGCCAAGGCGCCCUCCUGGAUCAACCUCCAUCUGCGGGUGUGUCUGGCAAUGCCGUGAUGGACGUUGGUAUCUCGGAGGAAAUGUCCAGUGCCAAAAUACCACUGGUAGUGGAUGAAGCAAGGACACCUUCCCCUGAAACAGAUCCAGUUGAAAUCAAGCCGGCUGAUGUGAGUGCUGACCCGGAAGCCAGCGCAGCACUGCGCGAGGCGGAUGUUACGGCUAGUCUUAGUGCUGCGCCCAUGGAUGAAGUCGGCUUGAACACACCCUCGUCAACGCCAUCUCUCUCAAGACAUGACACGCCAGCACCGCGAAUCAGCCCCGCUCCAAGUCACUCGCCAGCUCUUAUUCGCACACAGGGCAGCUCAACGCCAUCAUCUUCCACGCAGCAGCAAAGUGCUGUAUCCCCGGUGACUUCGUCAGACGCACAUGUUGCAGCCGUUCCAUCCAAUGAGAGCAUCAAGUCCACGUCGUCCACUGGUACCGACGGUAGCCUGUUCAGGCGCAAGAAACAACAGCCAGAGCUACCACCGGCUGCUUUCGAUUCAACGGGUGUACAUCUAGUCAACCGCAGUCAAAUGACCUCACCAACACUGGCUGGUUCGAUAUCACCACUCUAUGAUCACGACUCGGAUCACAAUAUGACGGAGCAAGUUGCAGUGGAGCGCCGCAGAACGUCAUGGCUGGCCAGUCCGCAAACACAGCAGCUACUGGCUAACAUGGCCACAAACUCGCAGCUGUCUCGUGUUGACCAGUCGUUUCUCACCAUGCCAGGUUUGCUGGUAGACGGCUCGCAGUCUGAUCCAGUGCGUGAGUUGCUCACUCGCUAUGGAUUAGAAGCGGAAGCGAAAGAUCGUCAUGUACUCAAUGUGGAUAACGUCACUAUGGAUCAAGUUGGCCUGCAGAAGCUACUGAAGGGCGGUUGCUAUCGAGCUGCAUUGGAACUGACUGCCCGGUUCUUGACUGCCCACGGGCAAGGUAUUGGACAGAGAGGUCAGCCAGCUCUACACACGCACAAGACGUUACAGAUGUGGCUAGCUCGUGUUGCACUGCUCAUGAAGCUGGGACAGUUCUCCGUGGCACACAAUGAGCUGAAAGCGUUUGGUAACUUUGAUGCACCGGAUAUGUACUUUGAGUACUAUCCAGAUGCUUACCCAAACCGUACUGGAUCUAUGGUUCCUUUCAGCCUGCGCCUACUCCAGGCGAUUGUACCGCAAUAUGCCGGAGUGCCGUCAGAGGCAGUGGAUCGCCUGCAAUACGUGAAGGACUAUGUUGAAAUUAUUGUGAACAAUCUGCAUGCAGGUCGUUCUGAGGAUGGACAAGCGCAGCUUGAUGAUACAGAUCACAGAGUGUCACUUGAUCUGUGGGAGCGACGUCUGCUGGAUGUCAAAUACGCCAUGGGCAAUGCUUUGCUCAGCAUCAAGGACUAUGAUCUUGCCAUUCAGAUGUUCCUGUCCAUAGCGGAGACGGAAGAGUCCUCAGCGCCUCUGCUUCUCAGUCUUAUCGGCAGAAUCUACUUACAACUUGGCGACCUGAGAUCAUCCCAGGAAGCGUUCCAAGCCGCUGAAAGCAAGGCCGGUGAUAAAUCCUCUGAUCUGUGCCGCAAACUUCAUGCAAUGCACAAGGGAUUUAACGAUGUAACUGCAGCCAAGUACCAAGAUGCUUUCCGUCACUUCCAAGGAGUGCUGCGUGUGGAGUCCUUCAAUCCUGUGGCAAUCAACAACAUGGCCGUCUGUCUCCUCUACACAGGCAAGCUGACUGAGGCGGUUCAAGUACUUGAGGAGUUGGUUUGGAAAGAUCCACCAACCCAUCUUCAAUCGGCCUCAAUCUGCAACCUGUGUACGCUGUAUGAGUUGCAGUCUUCGCGUGCCAAUGACAAGAAGCUGAAAUUGCUGCGCCUUGUGGCCAAACACUGCGGUGAUGGGUUUGCAGCCGAUUCGCUCAAGUUGUCAACGUAGAUCAGUCUAGCUCGACAUCUUUGUUCUAGUUGUCCCCUUUGUCCAUUUAGCUGUAGAUUGGGUGCAAGGACAUGUGAAUUUUGUUCGGAUUGUUGUUUGUCUAUCAUUAUCUAUUUGUUUACUCUUUUACUGCUACCAUCGUUGCUUGUUUUGUUUUUUACUUGAGGAUACUGCAUGUGUGUAAUUAAGUCAUGAAACACAUAAAUAUCACAGGUACACACCACACACACACAUACACACAUACACACACACGUGCACACACACAACAUGCAUGCACAUACAUGUGUGCCCGGCACACAUCACACAAAGCUGAUCCGGACAUUGGUUUGUUAUUUUAUUCACUAGGAUUUUAAAAAUUCUGUAAAAAUCAUUAUUUUCUUUCAUACACAGAAAGUGAAAGGGCCAAUUUUCGUGCUUGUAUCAAAAUAGAAAAUUUGUAAAAAAUA